UUCCUAAUAUUAUUUGUUUUCUUGUCAUUUUCACCUCCUGUUUUCAAUUUUUUUUUUCUUCCUGUUUGGAUCUGAACAUUCACCUUUUUGCAUUUAUGAGAGCAGGAUACAAUUUCAGCAAACCAUGAGGCCCUUGCCUGACAUCAUGUGGAUGGAUGCAUUCAUCUAAGGGGAAACCAAACCAAGACCCUGAUUGAGAAAGUGAAGAGAGGCGGGCAUCUUUACCAUAUUUCGGGUGGAGAAUUCAACAAUUCACUGUAAAAAGUCAGACUUAAUUCUUUAUCACUCUUGUGAUUCACAAGAGAAGAGAUAUUUUAAAAUCAAGAGAAGAUCCUGAAGAAGCACCAAUACCUGACCUCAUGGAUUCACUGUUGCAUGCAGAGGCUUGUGCAAAGUUUCUCUCAGGGUGAACUGGGGUUCCCAGCGUCAACAAUCUUCCACUGACCCUGUGAAACGGAGAGCAGGCUAAGAUACUGAAAGCAUCGUCAUGAAAGGCCUGAAUCUCAGCCGGUGGCUGCUGGUGCUGCUGCUGCUUUGGACCUGGUCCACAGUCAGUGAUGGAGCCGGAGUUGGAGGCACAGAGCGAGCAGGAGCUGGAAGAAGCCAGAGAAGAGGAGGAACAGGCGGAGGAGGAGGAGGAGGAGGCGCAGAGAAGAGGAAGAAGCUUCAUCGCAUCCAGCAUGGUCAGUGUAGCUACACCUUCGUCCUUCCGGAGCUGGACGGAUGUCAGGGCGGAGGAUCCACAUCGCAGGCCGAACAUUAUGGGGGCUCUCGCGGCGGGGCGAGCGUUGUGCAGAGAGACUCGCCGCCAGUGGAUGGCGAGUGGUCGUCUCAGAAACUGCAGCACCUCGAAAGCAUAAUGGAGAACAACACGCUGUGGCUGCAGAAGGUAAGGCUUGAACUCCUUUUUCUUUAACGAAUGCUGUUCGAACUCGUUGAAACAAGCGGCUAAUCAGCCAAUCAAAACGUGCUUUUCUAUCA